AUGAAGGUGCUCAUCACAGGUGCUUCCGGGCUGCUCGGUCGAGCCGUCCAUCAGCAAUGCAUCGACAAGGGCUACGACACGAGGGCGCUGGCAUUCAGUCGCGCUGAUCCUGAAAAGCAGCUUGUCAAGCUCGAUCUGACAGACGCUGCUGCGGUCGAAUCGUGUCUGCACGAGUUCCAGCCGGAUGUCAUUGUCCACACAGCAGCAGAGCGUCGUCCAGACGUCGUCGAAAAGGAUCCAGCCGCCUCGCACGCCAUCAACGUCGAUACUCCCGCUAGCAUUGCCACUAUCGCCUCUCAGCUCGACAAAGUCCCGCUGCUCAUCAACAUCUCCACCGACUACGUCUUUGACGGAUCCAAACCUCCUUACAAGGUGGACGACGCCCCCAAUCCUCUCAACGCCUACGGUGUCAGCAAGCUGCAAGGCGAACGUGCCGUGCAAGAACAUGCUAAGCCAGGCCAUUUCACCAACCUCCGCGUGCCUGUGCUCUACGGAAAGGCCAUCACCAACAACGAGUCGGCUGUCAAUGUUCUUCUCGACGCCAUUCAGCCUCCGGCAGGCUCCAACGAGGCCAAGAAGUGCGAUGCUUAUGCUGUGCGAUAUCCCACCAACGUCGCCGAUGUCGCCAAAGCUAUCCUCAAGCUCGCUCAGGUCUAUACCGAUACUUCCAACCCUGUGCCCCCAACAACGCACUUCAGCGCCAAGGAGGCCAUGACCAAGUACGACAUGUGCAUGGUGCUCAGCCGUAUCGCCAACUCGGUCGGCUUCGAGACGCGCACCGACCAUCUCGACCCUGAAUACGAAGUCGAUCCCAUGGCCGCCACUGCCCGUCCCAGGCAUUGCAAGCUCGACACUUCGGUGCUUGAAGCCUACGGCGUGCCCGUGGACUACACUUCGUUCGAGGACUGGUGGCGCCCCUAUCUGGCCGAGCUCCACAAAGUCAAACUCGAAGAAGAAGCACGUCUAGCUGCUGAAGCUGAAGCGAAGCGCAAGAAGGAAGAAGAGGAGCGCCAACAGCGCGAGGCGGAAGAGGAGGCUGAACGUCAACGCAAGCUCGAAAGAGAAAGGCGCAUAGCCGCAGAACAAGCGGAAGCAAAGGCCAAAGCCGCGGCCGAAGCACAGCGCCGAGCAGAAGAGCAAGCAGAGCGACAAAAGGAGGCCGACGAAGGAGCUACUGCUGCCGAGACAGAGCGAGCGUCCGGCCGUCCAGACGCUCCACCAUCGAGCGAAGCGGGGGAAGCACCCAACGGCACAGAUCACGACCCAGGCUCACCUCAUCCAUCGUUCAACUCGCUCCAAGCGCGUCCAACACCGCCCGCCACGUCAGGUCUGCCUUCGCCCACCAGCUCCCACCCUCCUUCCUCCAUCAAGAGCGGCCAUCGUCCCGACACACCACCGCCGGCCGGUACCAGAGAUGCACUUCUUUCCUCUGCCCAAUCUUCCGUUGUCAUUGCGACAACCGAUGCGACACCCACAGGUUCUGUUGUCGACGACAGCCCGCUCAAUCUCGCUGCGGCACGAGAGAGGCAACGUCUGGGCUCUACGCUUCCGCAGCGAUCGCUCAGUGCCAGCAGUGCGGCUCGCCUCACCUCGCUGACUGACGAAAGCACCAUCUUCGGCGGCACUGCGCGAAAGUCGAGUCUCUCGGGGCCGGCGUACCUUGACACGGGCAGUGCAGUCUUGUCUCGUAAUGCUGGCAGUGACUCGGACGACGACGGGUAUGGUCAGCCUUCGCCUCGAAAAGACCAGUUGGUGUUUCCAGAACGCGGACAGCAGGGCUCUCCUACGCCUGCUGGCCGCAGCUUCGCGGUAAGCAACGCUGCUCUAGCAGGUGCACAGACUGGCUCGGUCGCAUCGCUGGGCUCGUCUGCACCUUCGCACGUCUCUGCUGAAGGUGAGCAUAGCACGCCGCAUUCCGAUGAUGUGGCGGUUGCAGCGGCACCAACCACGCAGCCUCGACUGUAUCAUCGACCGUCGUUUGACCAGCUGCAGGACGCACGCGAUCGCGAGGCGUACGAGCGCCUCCAUCGUCGUAAUUGGACCUUCACCAUCAAGGUAGGCGAUCCGCAGCGCAUCGGCGAUCCCAUGACUGCACACAUUGUCUACACUGUCCGUGUGCAGACCAACUGCCCCGCCUUCCGGUCUCAGCAUUUCUCGUCGCUCCGCAGGUACCGCGACUUUCGAUGGCUGCACGCCGCGCUCGUGCAGAACAACCCGGGCAUCAUUGUGCCUCCCGUGCCCGAAAAGGUGUCGAUCGGUCGGUUUGCAGCUGAGCUCGUCGAGGCGCGACGUAUCGGUCUCGAGACGUGCAUCAACAAGAUCGCCAACCAUCCGCUGUUGCAGCAAGAUGACGACUUGCGGUUGUUUUUGGAGUCGGACAACUUCACUGCGGAUGUGAAACAGCGCGAUCUGGUCAAGGGACCCAUUGUGACACCGGAGCAAAAGACGUACAAGAGCUGGGGUAGUGCUUUGCUGGGCAGUGUAGUGCCCUCCACCUCGUCACUCUCGUCUGGUGCGUUGAGCGCGUACAGCUUCGAAGAGACAGACGAGUGGUUCAACGAGCAAAGGGUGUAUCUCGAUUCGCUCGAGAAUGCGCUCAAGGGCAUGGUCAAGAGCGUCUCGGCGCUGAGCAACCAGCGGAAAUACAUGGUGCAGGCGACGCACGAUCUGGCGCAGGUGCUGACCACGCUCUCGGGCUCCAGUCUGUCCCGCUCGCUCAGUACGUGUUUCGCCGGGCUGGCCGAGGUCAAGCGCCGCGCAAUGGAGCUCGAGGAUCUGCAGGCCGAGGCGGACGUCAGGCAGCUCGGCACCACCAUGUACGAGUACGAGCGGGUGGUCGGCAGUGUGCGCAAGGCGUUCAAGGUAAGAACCGAGGUGUGGGCCAAGUCGGCACGCCACACGGACGAGUUACGCAAGGCACGUGCGCGAUUCGACAAGUACAAGAGCGCCAAUCCGAGCUCGGCCGGCCCGCAGUUUCAGAGCCUGCUGGCCGAGGUGACCGAGGCCGAGACCAAGGCACUCGAUGCACAGAGGCUCUUCGAUACAGUCUCGCAUAGGUGCAAGGAUGAGAUGGAACGGUUGGAUCUGGAGCGGGUGCUGGAUUUCAAGAGGGUGGUGGGCGAGUGGUUGACGGAUAUGAUUGUGAGGCAGGAGGAGGUGGUGGAAGAAUGGGUGAGGUAUUGCGAGUUGCUGGGGAGGCAGACAGGUGUGCAGAUCUUGCCGGCGGCGGCGGCGGUGCAAGGGGCGGCGGGCGAGGAAGGAGAUGUCCAGCAGCAGCAGCAGCAGCAGCAGGGCCAACAACAGCCACAGCAGCCAGCUCUGUCCCGAUCGCAGUCGCACGCUUCGAGUGUUGCGGUUGCCGACGCUGUCCAAGUCGCCGAUCAAGGUGAAAGAGCAAAGUCGGCGUCGCAGAAUGGCGAGAUAUCUUUAGCUUUGGCCGAAGAUGCCUCUGCCGCCACUGCUGCUGAUGCAAACGAAGACGCUCCCCAAGCCGCCAAUGUCCCUCGGGAGGCGUCGAGUCAGCCUGCUGUAGAUGUGAGCGCCGGAGCGACAGAGGGCAAAGCCGAGGAGGACACUGCUGCUGCUGCUGAGCCUACCACCGCCAGCGCACCAGUAGAGGAGGAUACCUCGGUAGUCGCUGACGAGGGCGCUGCCGCAGCAGAAGAUCCAGGGAGCGACGCUGUUCAAACGGUAGAUGCCAAGGAAGACGAGCAGCAAACAACAUGA